AUGUGUCUCUUUUGUUUAUCUAAGCGAACUCUUGCCGAUUAUGCUGGUGUGGGGUUUGUCUACACUCCAGUGCGAAACUACAUCGCGCAAUGGCACUUUUUUCCAUUAGCAUUCUUCAUGUCGCAUUGGGUCAAAACCGUUACCCUAAUAUUACUUUUACUCGUACCCUUUACAGCCAUUACUUCCGCAACCGUGUUUUCUACAUCAAAGAAAGUUUCCAUUUGUACCGCCUUUGCCGUCGUUCUUUUUUCUUGCUGCUUUUCUUCUCCUCGACUUAGUCUUUCAAACUUUGCCAGAAAAAUCUUUUCGUUCAUGAAUUCCCAAUUCCGCAUGCUUUCAAAUCCGGGUCGUCGCUUUGGUUCCGUAUCACCUAAAUCUCGUGAAACUCGUUUUGCAUUAAAAAACGGGGGUCAAGUUGGAGGGUUGAGCAAUGAAGGCAAUACGUGCUUCAUGAACUCUGUCCUUCAGUCAUUAGCCUCUUCCUCGAGGCUUCAUGAGUUCAUCGAAGAGAAUGUCUCUUCUACCCCUGUCCCCCCAUUUACUCUUGCUUUGAAGGCUCUUCUAGACGAUAUCAACGGUUCCUAUGGAUCUCGUGGUCGUGAGUUCAGCACUAAACAAUUGUUGACCAAAAUGCCCAAUGGCCCUAAGCAGAACUUUUUUACGGGUUACAACCAAGAAGAUGCACAAGAGUUCUACCAACUAGUCAUGAGAAUUAUAGAGAAGGAACACAAGCAUUUGGUUCUGUCUCGAGAAUCAACGCCUGGUCCAGAGGUUAAUAAAGAAGCAGCUCCUCGCUUUGUGCCAAACCAAGAAGGUUUUGUGUCUGGCUGUCAAAAUCUCGGAUACUUGGGAAACGUUUAUGUUCCAGCGCAUCAAGUUGAUCCUAACGUACCAGACUGCAAAAACUUGGUGUUGCCUAUAGAACUUAUCACCCCUGUUGAUGGUAUUUCAGCAGAAAGAAUUGGAUGUGUGGCAUGCGGAGAGGUUGGUGGCAUCAGAUAUUCGACGACAAGCGGAAUCAGCUUGAAUUUGCCAUACGAUAAGAGCCUGUAUAGCAGUUAUGAUUUGCAACUGUUAUUAGACGAGUGGAUAAAGCCUGAAAUUAUCGACGAUGUGAACUGCAAUAGAUGUGGUUUACAACAAACAAAAGAAUUCCUUUUACAAAAUUUGGAACAAUCAUCAAGCGAGAAAUUGACUGCAGAUAUAACGAAGAGAGUAGCAGAGAUUGAUACAGAACUAGCCAAAGAUUAUGUCACCGACGACGUUUUUGAGAAGCUUACCACUAAAAGAAUGGUAAGGAAGAUGAGAAAAACCAAACAAAUCUUGUUGAGUAGGCCACCACCCCUUUUGUGCAUACAUAUCAACCGUUCCGUGUUUGAUCCAAAUACUUAUAUGGUUAUGAAAAACUCCAAGAAUGUUGCAUUUCCCGCUGUUCUUGACUUGAACCCUAUCGUGGCUGAGCCCAGCAACAUUAACAUGGAUGCACGCUGUUCAUUCCGGAAACUGGAUGGAACAGACUCGGAUACGCGUAAUGAAAAACUUUUGUACAACCUCAAGGCGGUCAUUUCUCACUAUGGCACUCAUAAUUACGGCCACUACAUUUGCUACAGGAAAUACAGGGGAACAUGGUGGAGAAUAAGUGACGAGUCUGUCUAUGUUGUGACACAAGCCGAGGUUCUUAGCUCACAAGGAACAUUCAUGUUGUUUUACGAGAUGGACGAUGGAACGAAGGAAGUGCUCCAGGAUGUGAGCGAAGAUGAAACUGAGCCUGAAGCUGAAAAAGAAGCUGAGCUUGGAAACGAAUUGCAAUAUGAAUCUGAGAGCAGCUCCGAAUCCGAGGCUUCUGGAUCCGAAAAGGACAUAAAGGAUGAGAAUAACAAGAGCAAAACUGUUUCUGAAGAACUGCUGCUUAAUGGUCAAGUUGAACUGCACGCUAGUUCUGCUGAUGAAGAAUCGAAACAGGAAUACUCGACUAUGGUGGGGUUGGAAGAGCGAGCCUAUCAUGUCUAG